UGACACCUUUGAAAUAAGGUUAAAACUCUUUAAACUGUAUUCGUGCAUGUACGUUCUUAAUCAAACAGUGAAACAUGGAGAAGGAAUCAUCUUUAGAUAGAAUUACCUUAGCGCUGUCAAAAUUAAAAACAGAGUUGAUGGAAAUGAGAAGUCAGGAUGUGAAGCUGAUGAAACAAUUAAUUACAAUCAACACGACCAUUGGAUCCAUGGCAAACGCCAGACACAGAAACCCUGUUCUUAGAAGUGCCAGCUUUGGUUCCCUGAAGCGUAGGAGUAUGGAGAGAAUCACCAACAAGAAUAGACCUGGAGAGGUAAUGUGCAGCCUAAGAAACCCCCUUGUCCGACAUAGAAGUGCCCCAAUCAUGGUUGAAGACAGAAAGGAUGAACAGAAUUCAGAUAUGGGGAGUUUAGAAGAUGUUGGAGCUAGUAGAUCGUCUGAUUCUGAGAAUGAUCUUGCAUCUCUGUGUAGUUCCGCAUCAUCACUCGUGUCAUCCAAUCAGCCAUCACCCCCACCGUAUCUGCGACCACUUCCUGAAGAGGAGGACACGGACGAGAAAAUGUAUUACGGAAUCUUAAUGAAAAACAUUAAACUCUGGAAAUACUCACAGGAGUCUAUUAAUAGCUCUGAAAGUGACAGCUCCUUUGACAGCUAGAAGAUGUUUGACUUCAUUAGCAAUUUUAAUUAAUGUGGUUUUGUGUGGCGGAAGUGAUUCAUGUGCAAUAUUGACAAGAGUAGACAAUAACACAACACUUCAUCUUACUUUCUCCAACGUCUAUGAUUAAAAUAGGAUUCGAACCAUAGAACAACAGCUAAAAUAAAGAUAUACAGAUCCUAGUUCUUGGAAACAUUAAUCAGCAGAAUGGAAUAAAGAAACAUCAUGAAGAAACAUUAAUGAAGAGGAGAAUGCAUGUGUUUAAAAAGAACACCAAACGUUUUCCUAAUACUCUUCCUUCAAACUAUGUGCAAUACUGUGAUGAAAAGCAGAAUUUUUUUAUGCCUAUAUAUGUGUGUUAAUUACGCAAAUAAAAUUA